GUAGACCCAGGACCCCACUGUGCUAGGCUCUGCACAAACACUGAACAGAGGCAGUAGAUGAUUACAGAGGGAUGGUGACUAAAAGGUGCUUUUCCCACAUGAGUGCAAGAAGAGUAGUCAGUUAAAAGAAGUCACUGCUGUGGAGGACAGCAUGACCACCAUGAAAGGAAGCUGCCUCCUUGCACUGCUGUUGGCAGGACUUGGGGUAUUAGGAAUACUGGAGCCAACAACAACAGAAGAUACCCACUGCCACCGAGCUGAGCACCCAGUUAUUACAUACAAAGAAAUUGCCCCUUGGUUACAUGUGUUCAGAGCAGAAGAUGCUGUGGACUUCUCACAGUUAACGUUUGACCCAGGACAAAAAGAGCUUAUUGCUGGAGCAAGAAACUACCUCUUCAGGUUGCAGCUUGAGGAUCUCUCUCUAAUACAG